AUGCGACGAUCCAUCAUCGGUAAAAGAGAGGACCCAUUUCUCCACUGUACCAUAUGCGGAUCUCAAGUACUACUGCGAGAGCCAGAAGUCAUCAGCGAACGAGAGGACUGGAUGGCGCUCUGCAGACACCGCGGCAAGGCCACGGCCAGGUCGAGAAGGCCGACCAUCGUACCGUCUGCUGAAGUCGAAGAAACAGACUUCAAAAACCAUGUUUUUGGCUGGAUGCACUUUUAUCGGGCGAUCCUCGACGAACCCGCGACAGGCCGUGUAUACCUCUCCGGAAUCGACCAUGGCACUAUGAUUGACUACUACCCCGGCCCCGUACCGACGGACCCAGAUCGUGCCCGCCUAAGAGGCUUCGUCAGGAACGAGAACCGCUGGAAUGUAGAUUUCCACAUGGUUAACCUUUUCGAGCCGGACAGGCAUCGUGAAGCAGGGAGACGGAUUGGAUUCCCGGCGCACCCCCACUGCUGGCUGCUUGUCGACCGGGUGAUCGGGUUUGCAAAAGUGCUUCCGAACCUGCGAGCUUAUACUGAGGCCGUAAUGGCGUUUUGGCCCGCAAACAAGCGCGAUUGGCGUCCCCCCACGCAGCAUUUACCCGGUACAGACUCUUGCUUCGAGCAGGGAGCUUUCGGAAGGAGGGAGGGUGUAACUCCCCACUUCAAUAGUGAGGAUGAGGCAGAGAACUAUUUUUAUCGUCUAGACACGAAAUCUAUGCGGGAUGAAGAGCUGUGGCAUGCCCUUGGAAGUCCGUAUCGGACUCCUGCUAUCCAGGAGUUGAUGAAGGUUGCAACACGCCCGCGUGCAAGAACGGAAAAGGUUGUUUCCCGAUUACCUGUGGAGCUUGCUCUUAUGACUGUAGACCUGAUAUACCGUGGUCGCCCACUGUGUCAGGAGAGAAUAAAUGACACACAGAACAUACUCGAAGCGUUUCAGUGGACAUUGCCAGACAGUUACUGGAAGAAGCGGUGUGAGCCCGAGCUUGUGUACGAAGUAGGGGAUCUUGAGGCAUCGGGAAAGCCGGUUGAUUGGGCAGUGUUCUGUCUAGGGCUUGAGGAGCUCAUAGUUGAUCCGCAUUGGUUUUGCGUCAGUGGUCUGCGGUUUCGUCAACGGAUCUUGCGGGUGCUCAAGGGCAUCAAGGAGCGGUUUGAGGAGAUCGUGGCGAAGAACGAGAGUGACCUUGGUUGA